AUGAGCGAGCGCCACACCAUGGAGGUCGGUGUAGCGGCAAAAAUACAAGACGACGAUAAACUAAAGAUCAAGAGCGAGCCCGUCGACCAGGCAUACGGAAACGGACAGGUUGCAGACAGCCCCCCUGCGGCAGAUAGAGCCAUCAAAAAGGAGGCCACUCCAGACACAUCGGGCAUCACCUGCGGCUCCAAACGACCGCCCAAUAUCGGCGUCAUGGCGGCUAAUAACUCUCUUGCGACGCAGGGAGGCAUCUCAGACCCAGCUCUCAUCACGCUCGUGAACAAGCUCCAGGAUGUCUUCGCUACCGUCGGAGUCAACAACCCCAUCGAUCUUCCCCAAAUAGUCGUCGUUGGCAGCCAGUCCAGUGGAAAGAGUUCCGUGCUAGAGAAUAUCGUCGGCAGAGACUUCUUACCUCGAGGCUCCGGUAUCGUGACACGACGACCCCUUGUGCUCCAACUCAUCAACCGACCUGCCUCUGCCCAGACAAAUGGCGUCGACAAGGAGAUCGCUGGCAGCACUGAUAAGGCCGCAAACGCAGACGAGUGGGGCGAGUUCCUGCAUAUUCCUGGGCAGAAGUUCUACGACUUUAACAAGAUCCGAGAUGAAAUCAGCAGAGAGACAGAGGCCAAGGUCGGCCGGAAUGCGGGCAUUUCACCUGCGCCGAUCAACCUGAGAGUUUACUCUCCGAACGUCCUCACCCUGACCUUGGUCGAUCUGCCGGGUCUGACAAAGGUGCCUGUUGGUGAUCAGCCGCGAGAUAUCGAGAGACAAAUCCGAGAUAUGGUCAUGAAGUAUAUUGGAAAGUCGAAUGCCAUCAUCCUGGCUGUCACAGCUGCGAAUAUCGAUCUGGCCAACUCUGAUGGUUUGAAGCUCGCUCGAGAGGUGGACCCCGAGGGACAAAGGACCAUUGGUGUUCUGACCAAGGUCGACCUCAUGGACGAGGGUACGGAUGUCGUCGAUAUUCUUGCCGGUCGUAUCAUCCCUCUACGCCUAGGAUACGUCCCUGUUGUAAAUCGAGGUCAGAGAGAUAUCGACAACAAGAAGCCCAUCCAAGCCGCCCUGGAGGGCGAGAAGAACUACUUCGAGAACCACAAGGCAUACAGAAAUAAGAGCUCGUACUGCGGAACACCAUACCUGGCGCGAAAGCUCAAUCUCAUCUUGAUGAUGCAUAUCAAGCAGACACUGCCGGAUAUCAAGGCUCGUAUUGCGAGCUCUCUGCAAAAGUACACGUCUGAGCUUGACAGCCUUGGCCCCUCGCUACUUGGUAACAGCGCCAACAUCGUGCUGAAUAUUAUCACGGAGUUCACCAACGAGUGGCGGACUGUUCUUGACGGCAACAACACAGAGCUGUCAAGUACCGAGCUGUCCGGAGGUGCCAGAAUCAGCUUCGUCUUCCACGAGCUAUACUCCAACGGUGUGAAGGCGGUGGAUCCCUUCGAUGUUGUGAAGGAUGUGGACAUUCGAACCAUUCUUUACAACUCCUCUGGUUCAUCGCCGGCACUCUUUGUCGGCACCACCGCCUUCGAGCUGAUUGUCAAGCAGCAGAUUAAGCGGCUGGAGGAGCCAAGCUUGAAGUGCGUUUCUCUCGUCUACGACGAGCUUGUCCGCAUUCUCAGCCAGCUGCUCGGCAAGACCCUCUACCGACGGUACCCCUCCCUCAAGGAGAAGGUUCAUGCUGUGGUCAUUGGCUUCUUCAAGAAGGCUAUGGACCCCACCAACAAGCUCGUCAAGGAUCUUGUUGCCAUGGAAGCAUGCUACAUCAACACUGGCCACCCUGACUUCCUAAACGGCCACCGCGCAAUGGCUAUGGUCAACGAGCGCCACAAUCCGUCAAAGCCGGUACAGGUUGACCCCAAGACUGGCAAACCCCUACCUGCUUCUGCCUCCACACCACGAGCAGCAAGCCCGACAUUGGCUGAUAGCAACCUCGGUGACUCCAAUGGAGGCUUCUUUGGCAGCUUCUUCGCUGCGAAGAACAAGAAGAAGGCUGCGGCUAUGGAGCCCCCGCCGCCGAUGCUGAAGGCGUCCGGCACACUAUCCGAGCGAGAGAAUAUUGAAGUUGAGGUUAUCAAGUUGCUCAUCGCCUCUUACUUUAACAUCGUAAAGAGGACCAUGAUCGACAUGGUACCAAAGGCCAUCAUGCUUACCCUCGUCCAGUUCACCAAGGAUGAGAUGCAAAAGGAGCUUUUAGAGAACAUGUACAGGGCUAGCGAACUGGACGAUCUUCUAAAGGAGAGCGACUACACUAUCCGCAGGAGGAAGGAGUGCCAGCAGAUGGUAGAGUCCCUGUCUCGCGCAAGCGAAAUCGUCAGCCAAGUUCAGUGA